GGCACCAUGGACGCGGCCAGCAUCAGGCAGCAUUUAGCAUCUCUGUCUUGUUCACUUGCUGUGGCUAUGACUGGGACGGCCUUCGUCUGGUUCGCGCCACUGAUGAUGUUCAUCGUCUCGGAGAACUCUCCCAUCCCGAUGACCACGACGGAGAGUUCUUGGCUGGUGUCAUCGAUAGAGUUCGGAGAGAUCAUCGCGGUUUUGCCAUCUGGGAUAUUGGCUGAUGUUUUUGGUCGUAAGUCACUCAUCCUGGCAACUGGGCCGGUCUGUGCUGCCACCUUCAUCUUCAAGGUGUACGUCAGGUCGCUUACCCUGAUGUACGUCCUUCGGUUCCUCCAGGGUGUCUGCAUGGGGGUGGCCUACGCAGUCUGCCCGAUCUACAUCGCCGAGAUCGCCGAACCACGUCUUAGAGGCGGCGCAUCCAGCCACUUCCAAACUCUCUGGUACGGUGGUGCGCUCUUCGCCUACUGCGUCGGCCCUUACGUCAGCUACCAGAGCUACGCUUGGAUCUGCCUGACGAUACCACUCCUCUUCACGGCCACCUUCUUCCUCAUGCCGGAGUCGCCUUACUAUCUGCUCAUGAAGGGUCGUAAGGACGAAGCUAAAAGGGCGCUAACAUGGUUAAGGGCUGGCAAGGAAGUCAACGAAGAAUUCAAAGCGAUGGAGGACACCAUUGAGAAGGAAUAUCUGUGCAAAGGUUCUUGGAAAGAGCUCUUCAACACGAAGAAGGACCGGAAGGCUUUCAUCAUUGUCCAGGUCUGCUGCAUCACCAAGUACAUGAACGGAAUGAGCGCAUUAGUCACGUACCUUUCCCAGACGUUCGGCGAAAGCAGUUCGCAAUAUCUUGGCCACAACGAACUUACCAUCGUGGUCGGAGUACUCCUCACUGUGGUGACUCUCUCCUCUUCAGUCAUGUCGGACAAAAUAGGAAGGCGACCUAUGCUCAUGUUUUCCUCCCUGGGUUGUUCACUGUUCCUCUUGGUCAUAGGUGGCUACUACUUCCUCGAGUUCGAGACUGAUUUCGAUGUCAGCGGAUACGUCUGGAUCCUCUACUUGUCCAUGUUGGGCUACAUCAUAGUGGCCAACGUGGGCCUAGGGCCGCUGAUGCAGACGAUACAGGCGGAGUUCUUCUCUUCCAGGACGCGAGGGAUCGGCGGAGGACUGACACUGAUCGUUGGAUCACUGGGGGCCUUCUGCUGCAUCAAGCAGUACCAACUAGUACAGGAUACCGUCGGAGUUUUCCUGAAUUACUGGAUAUACGCCAUCGUCUGCUUGGUUGGAGCAGUCAGCAUAUUCUUUUAUCUACCAGAAACUGCGGGGCGUAGUCUCGGAGAGAUCCAGAAGGACAUGUCCAAGCAGGAGGAGUAUAUGAUAGUGAAUGGACCAGAGAAUGAUGAAUUUGUAUCCUAAGAGAUGAUAAAAGAAAAAGAGAGAGCUCCGAUACUAGACUGUGAUUAUCUGACAUGAGUAGCAUCCCUGAAUUGGAAGGAAUUAGGAAGAAAAGGCUAGAAAAAGUUAGAAAAAAUUGAUUAUAUGGUAAAAUUUUGAAUUUUUAAGUUGAAAAACAGACUAAUAACUUCAAUUAUACAUUGAUAUUAAGAUUUUUAUAUCGACAGCCAUAUUGCAAAACUAAAAAUACAAAAGUAGAUGAUAAAAACUGCAUGUUAUAACAAUGGAACAAUUGUAAUAAUAAUUAGAUAUGGAAAAGAAAUAAACUGAAGAAGCAACCACAAUAUAUUAUUGAUAUAUUUUCAAUUAACCUAUUUUCCAUAUGUAAUUAUUAUCACAGCUGUUCCAUUGUUACAAUUUUUUUUACUUUAUGAACUUUCAGGUUUUGUUCAAUUUUUAUUGUAUGGUAAUGAUAAAGAACUAAUGUUUCAAGUAACUUUAUUAGUUUGAAUUUGAUUGAUUGGCUAAGAUUCGCCAGAAAAGUUUAAAACUGUAGGUUCCAAAUUUUUUUUUUCAAGCAUUUGUAGCAUAGUCGUUGAUACAUUAUAAUCAUAUUUGUAUAAUUAUCAAAUUUGUAUAUAAUAAUAAAAAUAGUUACCAAUUACAAAUUUGAUAAUUAUACAAAUAUGAUUAUAAUGUAUCAACGACUAAUAAUAAAAAUAAAUAAUAAUAAAAAUAGUUACCAAUAAAUUAAAACUUUCUCAAUUAACUAUUAUAAACUUUUGUAAUUAAUUAUUACUUAUAAAAGUUCUAAAUGAUGUUUUGUCCUAACUUUUAUAUUUCCAAUUUAAUCUAAUGAUUCAGCCUUUAAGCCUAUAUUAAGGAAGUUUUUGUAUACAAAUCCAGGCGUUUUGUAGUUAUAACUAGAGAUCAGAUUUUCAUGUUAUUGCACAUUUUAAUUUUUUACAAAGGUUUAAUAGGAUUUCGAUGUAUUAAUUUUAUAAAUUAAACAGAAAAGGUGAUUUUUGCACGUUUUUAUGUUCAAAUUAGACAAUUUUACACAUUUUGGGUUUCUACUACACAAUUUUGCACAUUUUGGGUUUUUUUACUGCACAAAGAUCAAGUCUCUACUUAUAACUAUUAUUUAUCUAUUAAUAUUUUUUUAAUUGGUUAAGUUAAUUUAUUACAAUAAUAAUAUUGCAUGGCAACUUGUGUCAUCAAAGGUUAUGAAGGGCACACAUUUUUAUGAGGGUUACUAAUGUUUUAGAGAGGCACAUUUUUAAUGAUACAAAGUAAAAAAUAAGCUAGAUUUUUAUAAUUAUAAUUUUAUUUAUACCGUUUUUUAAGACAACAUUAUAAUUUCUUUAAGAUAAGCGGUAAGGGUCAUCCAUCGCCUUUAUCAGGUAUGAGCACGACACUGCUUAUACAUGCUGUGCAUAAAAUCUCCUCUGUAAAAUAUGUUUGUUUUUUUAUCUGGAAACUACUGUUUGUAUAGUUAAUAUAUAUUUUUAUUUAUACAUUUAUGUCACAAUUAAAAUAAAAGUACUUUGUUUUAUUUUUUAAUCACUAUGUUUGUAUAUAUUGUAAAUUCUUUAUAUUAAUAACAACUGCAAACUUCAAUUUUUGUAUACUACUAAAGAAUGUUACCAAUAAAUUAAAAUAUAAAUAAAAUACGUUUAAGUUGUAAGAAUAAAG